AUUAAAACAGUCCCUCACAUCUCUCAAUCACUACCUGUACAGGUGACAAUCGGUUCUACACUGCCUCUCUAUUUCUCUCCCAACUCACCCAUUCAACCAACUACUGCCAUGUCUAAGAACAGCGCCUUUAGCAUGUUCGGUGGGGCCGGAGGAAGAGGCUCCAGGGUUUCCGUGGCCAGUCUGGAGGGGCUGCGGAACGUGAUGCGUUACGACCCGGAGAAUUCGAAGGAGGUCUCUCCUGCCCCAGGGCCCGCCGCGGAUGAUAAGAAGACCAUGAAGGGUCUCAACGACCGUCUGUCAAGCUACCUGGGCAAGGUGAGGAACCUGGAGGAAGCAAACAAAGAUCUGGAGGAUCAGAUUCAGGACAUCUUGGACAAGAGGGGAGACCCCAACGGCCGCGACUGGGAUGUGGUUGAGAAACCGUUGAAUGACCUCAGGAAGAAGCUCCGUGAUAUGACCAUGGAUAAUGCACAUUUAUUGCUGCAAAUUGACAACACCAAACUGGCCAAUGAUGACUUCAAAAACAAGCUGGACAACGAGAAGCAGGCCAGGAAGAUUGUGGAGCAGGACCUGAUUGGUCUGAAGAAGAUGAUUGACGACACCAACCUGAACCGCAUGCAGCUGGAGAGCCAGGUCGACUCUGUGAAGGAAGAGCUGGCCUUCCUCAAGAAGGACCAUAAGGACGAGGUUGAUGAGCUGCGUAAGAAGAUCAAGGACUCCAACGUCCUCGUGGAGUUUGACUCCCAGGACAAUAACCUGAGUGAUACCAUCAACAAGAUCCGCUCCCAGUACGAGAAACUGGCCAAGAAGAACCUCAAGGAUACCGACGACUGGUACCAGAGCAAGUUUGACAGCAUCAAGGUAGAAGUGGUUCAGAACACUGAGGCUCUGCAUUCAGGCAAGAAUGAGCUCAAAGACCUGCGCAGACAGAGACAGCUCCUGGAGAUAGACAUACAGGCAACACUAAGCAUGGUCCGCUCCCUGGAGGAAUCUCUGAAUGACACGGCUGGGCGGUACAACCGUGAGAUGACCCGUCUCAAUAAGAUCCUGCUGCAGUUGGAGGGAGAGCUGGGCCAGGUGAGGACGCAGGUGGAGAGGCAUGUGGAUGACUACCAGGAGCUACUCCACGUCAAGAUGAAGCUGGAGGCUGAGAUCGAGAACUACCGCCGCCUAAUGCAAGGCAUCGCCCCUACCCCCGACGACAGCGUGGAGUUUUCUUUAGAGCAGGCAGUGAAUUGUGAGUCGCCCCAGCCAACUAAGAAGGCCUUGAAGAAGGAUGAGGUUGAUGGAAAGGAGGUCCCCAAAAAGACAGAAGCCCUGGCGACUCAGAAAGGUCUCCCUCCAACCCAAGAGGCCCCCACAAAGAAGGAAGACCCUGCAACUCAAUAGAGCCUCCCUACGAAGACAGAGGAGGCCUCUACAAAUGCAGCUAAGGCUGUGACACCAACACCUGAAGCAGGCACCAACUGAGGAGGAUAAACCAAAGAAAGAUUCCUCCUCUUCUUCUUCCUCCUCCUCCGAUGCAGACGACAAUGACCAUAAAGAGAAACCCAUAAAGACGUCUGCCCCCCGAAACCCCUCCUCCUCACCUCAACCUCCAUCUCUUGUCUUUUCUAUUCAUGUUUUGAAGCCCAGCAUCGUAACUAAUGGUGUUGUGUACGGUGUUAAGUAGCCUUGGUGUUAUUAUUCCAAUGCAUUCUUUCUCAGAGAUGUUUAUCUACUAAAUAAAUACGUUCGACACAUUG